AGUGAUGCGGCUGGUCAAACUGCUGUCUCGGGGAGAAGGGAUACGGACCCUGCUGUGGACCUUCAUCAAGUCCUUUCAAGUGAGGGGAGACUCAGACUCAAGUCAAGAUGAUUGAGAAUUGAGAUGCAGGGGUCAGGGGUCAAUUCGAAUUGAGGUCAGUCAAUUCAGGAGGGAAGUAUACUGGAAUUGAAAUUCUAUAAAUUGAGUUAGAUAUAACUGAGGUUUGGGAGGAAAGACCACACCUCAACGUCUUUUAGUUCUGGUCUGUACCUCGCCAAUAAUUUUAAAAUAUAUAUAUUUUCAAUUAAUUAUCAAUAAACACAUUAUUUUUUUAAGAUAGCCUAUUUAUUUAUUUAUUUAAGUUUUUACAUGUUAGAAUUUUCAUUUCAAAUCACUUCCUGAAUUGAGUGACUUAAAUUCAGCUUGACCCUGACCCUGCUUGAGGGAGGAAUGUAGAAGGGAGGAAUGAUGUGUCCAGCUAAUAAGCCAGCUAGCAUCUAACCGUCUCUCAAAACCCCAAUACCCUUCAUAUGCAUGCUGUCAUAGCCUACUCACCAUGCUAUAGGUUAACGAUAAGGCUGAGAAGUUGAGAUAUCCUCCCCGAGUCCCGUGUGGCUCAGUUGGUAGAGCAUGGCGCUUGCAACGCCAGGGUUGUGGGUUCAAUUCCCACGGGGGGGACCAGCAUGAGAAAUUGUACGAACUCACUACUGUAAGUCGCUCUGGAUGAGAGCAUCGCUAAAAUGUAAACGUAGGUGAUUUUAUAGAAGCACUCCAUCAAAAAGUCAUUUGAUAAAGGGGUUCUGAUAAAAUAGUCCUUUCUCUUGUGUUGGACAGUGGAAAAAGGACUGGGACUAUUUUGCAGCAGUGUGUUACUUGUAACAUGUGAUGUGUUUUUGGUGCAGUGGUGCCAGACAGUGUUGACGUGUCACUGACCUCUCUCUGCCCCCCUAGGCCCUCCCCUAUGUAGCACUGCUUAUAGUGAUGCUCUUCUUCAUCUACGCCGUCAUUGGGAUGCAGGUAAGAACUGGUGGUCAACCCCAGCAUCUGGGAUUGGUCCCGCCUUGUUCUCUCCCUUCCUCUGUUUCUCUCCUCCUUCUCUCUCCCUCCGCUGUUCUCUCCUCGUCUCUCUCCCUCCCUCUUUUUCUCCCCUCCUUCUCUCUCCCUCCCUCUGUUUUCCCUCCUCCUUCUCUCUCCCUCCCUCGUUUUCUCCUCUUCUCUCCUCCCUCCUCUCCCCCUUCUUCUCUCCCCCUCUUUCUCUCCUCCUUCUCUUCUCCCUCCCUUUUUUCUCUCCUCCUUCUCUCUCUCCCUCUGUUUCUCUCCUCCUCUCUCUCCCCUCCCUCUGUUUCUCUCCUCCUUCUCUCUCCCUCCCUCUGUUUUCUCCCCUUCUCUCUUCCUCCUCUCUCCUCCUUCUCUCUCCCUCCCUCUGUGUCUCUCCUCCUCUCUCUCUCCCUCCCUCUGUUUCUCCUCCUCCUUCUCUCUCCCUCCCUCUGUUUCUCUCUCUCCUCCUUCUCUCUCCCUCCCUCUGUUUCUCUCCUCCUUCUCUCUCCCUCCCUCUGUUUCUCUCCUCCUUCUCUCUCCCUCCCUCUGUUUCUCUCCUCCUUCUCUCUCCCUCCCUCUUUUUCUCUCCUCCUUCCUCUCCCUCCCUCUGUUUCUUCCUCCUUCUUCUCUCUCCUCCCUCUUUUCUCUCUCCUCUCUCUUCUCUCUCCCUCCUCUUUUCUCUCCUCCUUCUCUCUCCUCUCCCUCUGUUUCUCUCCUCCUUCUCUCUCCCUCCCUCUGUUUCUCUCCUCCUUCUCUCUCCCUCUGUUUCUCUCCCUCUUCUCUCUCCCUCCCUCUGUUUCUCUCCUCCUUCUCUCCUCUGCUCUCCUCUUUUCUCCUCCUCUGUCCUCUCUCUCUCUCCUCCUCUGUUUUCUCCUCCUCCUUCUCUCUCCCUCCCUCUGUUUCUCUCCUCCUUCUCUCUCCCUCCCUCUGUUUCUCUCCUCUAGCCAGUCCUGUCCUGUCUGUGUUGGCAGCUGUUCUAAACCUUAACCCAAGGUUCUGUAUGUUCUGUCCUGUUUUCUCCUCCACAGUAUAAUACCCUUUCAUCUCUAUAUGUUCUAUCUCUAGGGGCUGGUUUCCCAGAUAUAAGCCUAGUCCAGGACAUAAAAGCAUGCUCCAUUGAAAGUGUUUUUAAUGCCAGGACUAGGCUGAAUUCAUGUCCGGGCAACCAGCGCUAGAUGUUGUACUUUUUGCUUCCUUAUAUACAUGUUGAGAAGCCUUGUGGUUAUUGUCCUGUCUCCUCGGCCCCCCCCUGUCCUCUGUGGCACUGACCUGAUGAUGUCAUCUGUCCUCUGUGGCACUGACCUGAUGAUGUCACCCGUCCUCUGUGGCGCGGCUGUCUUGCACCAUGUUGACCUGGACGUGGCCUGUGUCCCUAACAACCUUGCCCCCUGCAGAUGUUUGGUAAGAUAGCCCUGAGGGACAACAGUCAGAUCAACAGAAACAACAACUUCCAGACCUUCCCCCAGGCUACUCUACUGCUCUUCAGGUGAGACACUCCUCUCCUUCCUCUCCUCCUCCACAAACUCUCUUUCCAGACUGUAAACCACCAUCAGAAAUUCCUGAUUUAAAAAGCCCUAACAGAUCUGGAGAUCAUGAAAGCACUGCCAACUCAAAGUAAUGGUGUUUUAUCAAACGCCUACGCAUCCACCUCUUCUGCAAGCCGUGAUGUCGUUUCCCACUUUUUGUUUGAAAACUCUACCUUUGAAGGUAGGACAACCAUGCAGCAUUUCACCACCAGGUGGGCCCUUCGUGGAACCCAUUCUUCCUGUAGAGAAGAGCCUUCUGUGUGUGACAGCUGGUUGUUUACCUGUGCCCAGGUGUGCCACAGGCGAGGCGUGGCAGGAGAUCAUGCUGGCAUGCGCCCCCAUGCGGCCCUGUGAGAAGGGGUCAGAGGUGGGUCCGGCCAGCGAGGACCAGUGUGGAAGUCACUUCGCCAUCUUCUACUUCGUCAGCUUCUACAUGCUGUGUGCCUUCCUGGUGAGUAGCUACGGAGAGCAGGGAGGGACAAUCCCACUAGCUAUGGAGAGCAGGGAGGGACAAUCCCACUAGCUACGGAGAGUAGGGAGGGACAUUCCCACUAGCUACGGAGAGUAGGGAGGGACAUUCCCACUAGCUACGGAGAGCAGGGAGGGACAAUCCCACUAGCUACGGAGAGCAGGGAGGGACAAUCCCACUAGCUACGGAGAGCAGGGAGGGACAAUCCCACUAGCUACGGAGAGUAGGGAGGGACAUUCCCACUAGCUACGGAGAGCAGGGAGGGACAAUCCCACUAGCUACGGAGAGUAGGGAGGGACAUUCCCACUAGCUACGGAGAGUAGGGAGGGACAUUCCCACUAGCUACGGAGAGCAGGGAGGGACAAUCCCACUAGCUACGGAGAGCAGGGAGGGACAAUCCCACUAGCUACGGGAGAGCAGGGAGGGACAAUCCCACUAGCUACGGAGAGCAGGGAGGGACAAUCCCACUAGCUACGGAGAGCAGGGAGGGACAAUCCACUAGCUACGGAGAGCAGGGAGGGACAAUCCCACUAGCUACGGAGAGCAGGGAGGGACAAUCCCACUAGCUACGGAGAGUAGGGAGGGACAUUCCCACUAGCUACGGAGAGUAGGAGGGACAUUCCCACUAGCUACGGAGAGUAGGGAGGGACAUUCCCACUAGCUACGGAGAGUAGGGAGGGACAUUCCCACUAGCUACGGAGAGCAGGGAGGGACAAUCCCACUAGCUACGGAGAGCAGGGAGGGACAUCCCACUAGCUACGGAGAGCAGGGAGGGACAAUCCCACUAGCUACGGAGAGCAGGGAGGGACAAUCCCACUAGCUACGGAGAGCAGGGAGGGACAAUCCCACUAGCUACGGAGAGCAGGGAGGGACAAUCCCACUAGCUACGGAGAGCAGGGAGGGACAAUCCCACUAGCUACGGAGAGCAGGGAGGGACAAUCCCACUAGCUACGGAGAGCAGGGAGGGACAAUCCCACUAGCUACGGAGAGCAGGGAGGGACAAUCCCACUAGCUACGGAGAGCAGGGAGGGACAAUCCCACUAGCUACGGAGAGCAGGGAGGGACAAUCCCACUAGCUACGGAGAGCAGGGAGGGACAAUCCCACUAGCUACGGAGAGCAGGGAGGGACAAUCCCACUAGCUACGGAGAGCAGGGAGGGACAAUCCCACUAGCUACGGAGAGCAGGGAGGGACAAUCCCACUAGCUACGGAGAGUAGGGAGGGACAUUCCCACUAGCUACGGAGAGUAGGGAGGGACAUUCCCACUAGCUACGGAGAGUAGGGAGGGACAUUCCCACUAGCUACGGAGAGUAGGGAGGGACAUUCCCACUAGCUACAGAGAGUAGGGAGGGACAUUCCCACUAGCUACAGAGAGUAAGGAGGGACAUUCCCACUAGCUACGGAGAGUAGGGAGGGACAUUCCCACUAGCUACGGAGAGUAGGGAGGGACAUUCCCACUAGCUACGGAGAGUAGGGAGGGACAUUCCCACUAGCUACGGAGAGUAGGGAGGGACAUUCCCACUAGCUACGGAGAGCAGGGAGGGACAUUCCCACUAGCUACGGAGAGCAGGGAGGGACAUUCCCACUAGCUACGGAGAGUAGGGAGGGACAUUCCCACUAGCUACGGAGAGUAGGGAGGGACAUUCCCACUAGCUACGGAGAGCAGGGAGGGACAUUCCCACUAGCUAUGGAGAGUAGGGAGGGACAUUCCCACUAGCUACAGAGAGUAAGGAGGGACAUUCCUACUAGCUACGGAGAGCAGGGAGGGACAAUCCCACUAGCUACGGAGCGCAGGGGGGGACAAUCCCACUGGCACUCAAUAAUGACAGAGUCACAACUUCAUACUUAUAACAUAAUAACACACAUUGACUUUUCUUGAUCUUGAUCUUGAUUUCCAGGUAUAUAUUCAGGAGAGUUUUGUUAUUGAUUUGUGAUCUAGAUCUGAUUGAUUUGUGAUCUAGAUCUGAUUGAUUUGUGCUCUGUCAGCUGUCUUUGGGACUGAUGAGUUGAUUAUUCUGGUCUGUUGUCUCUCUGUCAACUGUCAUUAGGACUGAUGAGUUGAUUAUUCUGGUCUGUUGUCUCUCUGUCAGCUGUCAUUGGGACUGAUGAGUUGAUUAUCUCUCUGUCCCCAGAUCAUCAACCUGUUUGUGGCUGUGAUCAUGGAUAACUUUGACUACCUGACCAGAGACUGGUCUAUUCUGGGACCUCACCACCUUGAUGAGUUCAAGAGGAUCUGGGCUGAAUACGACCCAGAGGCCAAGUCAGUACAACUUCAAACAGCAUCUGUCUGUCUGUAUGUCUGGUCUGGUGCUGUCUGUUGUAUGGCUGGUCUGUCUGUAGUAGAUUCUGUUUCUGUACUGUCGGUCUGUGGCGGUUGUAGUGGCUGGAGUAGGAGUAUGUAUGUCGUGUCAGUGUAAGAUGGCUGUCAUGUAUGAGAGGGAGAGAGGCGAUGAGAGGGAGAGCAGGAUGAGUGAGAGAGGGAGGAGAGAGAGAGGAGAGAGGAUGAGAGAGAGAGAGGAGAGAGAGAGAGAGAGAGAGAGAGAGCGAGAGAGCGAGAGAGAGAGAGAGGAGAGAGAGAGAGAGAGGGAAGAAGAGAGAGGAGAGAGGAGAGAGAGAGAGAGGAGCAGAGAGAGAGAGGGAAGAGAAGAACGCGGAAGAGAGAGAGGGAGAGAGAGAGAGGGAGAGAGCGAGAGAGAGAUGAGAGAGAGGAGAGUGAGAGACGGGCGUGAGAGAGAGGGGAAGCGAGGAGUAGAAGAUAAGACGUCUGUUAGCAUUAUGUCGUAUCUCUCGUUUCGUCUGAAGUUAUAGCUCACUAUCUGUACGUCUCUCUUUAUCUCUCUCUCUCCUCUCUACUCUCUCUCUCUCUAUCUUCUCUAUUCUCUCUCUAUCUCUCUCUCUCUAUUUAAAUAUUGUUGUGGGUUUCACAGGGGUCGUAUCAAGCACCUGGAUUGUGGUAACUCUGUUGAGGAGGAUUCAGCCUCCUCUGGGCUUCGGAAGAAGCUCUGUACCCACCGGGUUGCUGCAAGGUCUGUUCUGUUAUGUCCUGAUACUCUGCGCCCCCCUUUGCUGAACACAGCGAUGGGCACCAGUCCAUGUUCAAUGCCACCCUAUUGCUCUGGUUGCGAACAGCCACUGUGGUCAGGACCCUUGAUGGUUACACUUGAUUUUAUGUGCAAUCGCUUGUGCUGUCUGUAUCGAUUCGUCUGUCUGUUUUCGGUCUGUCUGGUGUCUGUCGUGGUCGUCUGUCUGUAUGUCUCGUCUGUCUGUUGUUUCUUCUGUUCUCUCUCUCUCUCUCUCAGUGUAUGUCGUCUUCCUCUAUCGUGAUGGAAGACGCUGAUUGAAACUACUAGGAGGACAGCCUCCGACCUGGCUCGUACUGUCAGGGUGCAGCCCGAGUAGAGUCUCAUGCAGCGCCCAAAUCGUAUGUAUUCGUUAUGAAACACUAUAGAUAUCUGCUGUCAUCAGAUCUAUCAGCCUCUUAGAUGAGAGAAUCAGCUAUCUCUAUACGGUAGAGGGGAUCAAACAAGACUAAUCUCUAUCCUCCCGAGCGAUAUGAGAAGCUAUGCUUCUCUCCACCUCUCUCUCUUCUAUACUCCUCUCUUCUUUCUGUUCUCUCACUUCUCUUCUCUAUCCUCCCCUUCUUCUUUCUCUGCUUCUCUCCCCCUCUCUUCUUUUUCCCUCUUCUUCUUUUCUCUCCACCCUCUCUCUCUUCUCCUCUCUCUCUCUCAUCUCUAUCUCUCUCAUCUUAUCUCUGUCUCCAAACCCGUUAUCCGGCCCUACCGGACUGCACUCUUCUAUACUCCCUCUUAUUCUAUGUUCCUCAUCAAUCUUAUCUCUUUCUCUCUCUCUCUCUCUCUUCUCUCUCUCUUUCUCUCUCUCUCCCUCGGUCUCUUUCACCACUCAAAGAUAUGCCUUUCAUGAUCUCUGUAUGCCCCACAUUAACGUGUGAGUGAGUGAGUGAGUGUGUGUGUGUGUGUGUAUGUGUGCGUGUGUGUGUGUGUGUGUGUGAGAAGGUAACUUGGAGCAAUGACUAUUGUUGGUUUGUACGGUCCCCGUCUGGUUUCUGUGUGUGUGAAGGUAACUUGGAGCAGGCGAACGAGGAGCUUCGGGCGAUAGUGAAGAAGAUCUGGAAGAGAACCAGUAUGAAGCUGCUGGAUCAGGUCGUGCCCCCUGCUGGAGAUGAUGAGGUGACGGUUGGGAAGUUCUACGCCACCUUCCUGAUCCAGGAGUACUUCAGGAAGUUUAAGAAGCGUAAAGAGCAGGGCCUUGUUGCCAAGGUACCCCCCAAGACUGCUCUCUCCCUGCAGGUUGGUCACUACAACUUCCUGCCUGUCAGACCUUCAAACCAGAGCACUGUUUGACCUUUUAGAAGUGUGUUAGUACUUAACUGAACAUAUCAAAUUAGUAUUAAUACUAAAACAAUGAGUCUGUGUUUCUUUAUGUUCCUCCGUGUCUGUCUGUCUGUCCGUCCGUGUUUGUGCAUGUCUGUGUCUAUGCCUGUCUCUGUCUGUAUUUCUAAUCAGGCGGGCCUGCGGACGCUCCAUGACAUGGGUCCUGAGAUCCGGAGGGCCAUAUCAGGUGACCUCACAGUGGAGGAGGACCUGGACAAGUCGAUGAAGGAGCCGGUCUCUGCUGCGUCUGAGGACGAUAUCUUCAGGGUAAAGGUCGGCUACACACCCCCACACACCCCUCUGUCUGAGCUACUGAGCCUCAUCAGGCCCAUCGCUUCUGCUGUGACCAGCUAUAAGGAUUACAUCUGGUUCUUCACCAUCCACCACCACUACACUUCAGAACCCACUACACUUCAGUACCCACUACACUUCAGUACCCACUACACUUCAGUACCGACGACACUUUGGUAUCUACUACACUUCAGUACCCACUACACUUCAGAACCCACUACACUUCAGAACCCACUACACUUCAGUACCCACUACACUUCAGUACCGACGACACUUUGGUAUCUACUACACUUCAGUACCCACUACACUUCAGUACCCACUACACUUCAGAACCCACUACACUUCAGUACCCACUACACUUCAGUACCAACGACACUUCGGUAUCUACAACACUUCAGUACCCACUACACUUCAGUACCCACUAUACUUCAGUACCCACUACACUUCAGUACCCACUACACUUCAGAACCCACUACACUUCGGUAUCUACUACACUUCAGUACCCACUACACUUCAGUACCGACUACACUUCGGUAUCUACAACACUUCAGUACCCACUACACUUCAGUACCCACUACACUUCAGUACCCACUACACUUCAGAACCCACUACACUUCGGCUACUACACUUCAGUACCCACUACACUUCAGUACUGACUACACUUCGGUAUCUACAACACUUCGGUACCCACUACACUUCAGUACCCACUACACUUCAGUACCCACUACACUUCAGAACCCACUACACUUCAGAACCCACUACAUGGACUUCUCAUCCACUUUGACAUCUAAACACUAUCUCACCCCAAUAGAGGGAGACAUUGCUGUUCACCAUUACUCCAGUCACAAACCAGGCCAUCCACUUUGACACCUAAACACUAUCUCGCCCCAAUAGAGGGAGACAUUGCUGUUCACCAUUACUCCAGUCACAAACCAGGCCAUCCACUUUGACACCUAAACACUAUCUCGCCCCAAUAGAGGGAGACAUUGCUGUUCACCAUUACCAAAGUCAUAAACCAGGCCUAUGCUUUGCAUUGUCCAUACGACAUAGAGUGAAUAGAUUUAGAGUGAAUAUAUUUAGUCAUCAUAGCAGAAUAGCAUGAAAUCUAUGUGCUUAUAGAUGGAUGAACAGUAACGCUACACAAUACUCAUCCUUCUCUCUCCUCCCCCUCUCUCUCCACCCCCUGCAGCGAGCGGGUGGGUUGUUCGGUAACCACGUCAGCUACUACAACGAUGGGCGCGACAGCGGGCGCAACACCUUCCCACAAUCCUUCACCACGCAGCGCCCGCUCCACAUCAGCAAGACGGGCAGCCCCGGCGAGGGCGAGUCCCCGUCCCACGAGAGGUUGAUGGACUCCACCACCUUCACCCCGAGCUCCUACUCCUCCUCGGGCUCCAAUGCUAACAUCAACAAUGCCAACAACACUGCGGUCCCUGGUGUGGUAGUUGGGGUUGGUGGUCCAGGGGGGGUCAGCUGCUUCCCUAGCCCCAGCAUCAGUACUGUGGAUGGGCAGAGCAGACCCCCGCUAACCCCAAUACUACUGCCGAGGUCUGCAUGGUGCUUCCCUCCCAAGAGGUGGGUGUCUCUCUGGUUUCUCUUGGUUCGGUUAGUAUAUGUUUAUAUCGUUAGUAUAGGUUAGUUAGUAUGUUGGAGUUAUUCUCUGAUCUGUCUUUUAUCAGUGACCUCUCUAGACCCACAGUGGGUCUGUGGCCAAUUCUGAUUGGUAGUCAAUGGUAACUUCUUCUGUGUCUGUCUGUCUGUCUGUCUGUCUCCCUCUUUCUCUCCACACUGACUGACUCUGAGCACAGGAUCUGUUUCUAUGACGCCCUCAUGCGGUAUGUUGCUCUCUCAGGAGGAGAGGGAGAGAGAGAGUUGGAAUGCUGAGGAGGCAUCAGUAUGGACGGGUUCUGCCGACCCUGUUGUUCAUACAGUCCAUGGCUGGAUCUUUGCUGCAGUGAGCUAAAGAUACUUAGUGUCUGGACUUCUGUAAAUCAUUUCACCUGUUUUCUGGUGUGAUCUUCGUAGGAUCUUUAAAGAUCAUGUGGAUCAUAGGUAUGAUUUUCUACCAGAGGAGGCAGAGGAGAUGUAUAUUAUACAGGAUAGGGAUGUGGAUAUGUAUCACCUACAGUGUCUUUAGCUCAUGUAGCUCUGGUUGGAUCCACCAUGACAGGAGUGACAUCACAGGAGGUUGGUGGCACUUUCAUUGGGGAGAACGGGCUCAUGUUAACGACUGGAGCGGAAUCGGUGGAAUGAUAUGAAAUACAUCAAACACAUUGUUUCCAGGUGUUUAAUGCCAUUCCAUUUGCGCCGUUCCGGACAUCAUAAUGAGCCGUUCAGCCCUCAGCAGCCUCCUGUGAGUGGCCUUACUUCCUCCUCAACACAGCCUAGUGAUUCAACCUGGUUGGAUCCUCCUAAAGCUUUCAUUCAGCUCUGUAGAGGAUAUUACAGUACAUCGCUGGACCACUGUCACUAUCUCAGCCCUGUGUUGGUUCUCUAUUCAUUCUGCUUUAAAGGUAACGCUUCUCGCCGCCAUCUUGCUUCUAACCACCGCGCCUCCUCCCCUCUCUCCCUCCUGCUGUUGGGGAUAAUCCUCCUUUCUAUCUAUCCUUUAUUCUGAGCUGGUUAGUGAGGUGUUUUGUUGGUUUUUAUCCUCCGCAGCUCGGACUCCACUGACAGCCGUCUGCCGAUCAUCAGGCGAGAGGAGGCGUCGACGGACGAGACAUACGAUGAGAGUUACGCGGACGAGAGAGAAUACCACCGCAGCGACCAGAACAUUCUCACCUCAGACAUGUACUGCUACUCUCCACCUCUCUCUUUAUCCUCAUAUCUCUACUCUGAUCUCAACUUCUCUAACAAUAGCAGAACACUAAAAAUAUCUCAAUUCAGAUCUCUAAACUCUGUACUAUCGUAUUCCACCAUAUCUCUCUUCUCCUCCCUCUUCUUCUCUGAUAUCUCCACCCUUCUUCUUCCUCCCUCUCUUUUCUUGCUUCUCCACCUCUCUCUCUCUAUCCUCCCUCUCUUCUUCUCUGCUUCUCUCCACCAUCUUCUCUUCUCUCUCCCCUCUCUUCUUCUCUGCUUCUCUCCACCUCUCUCUUCUAUCCUCCCUCUCUUCUUCUCUGCUUCUCUCCACCUCUCUCUCUUCUAUCCUCCCCUCUCAUCUUCUCUCCUCCCCUCUCUUCUUCUCUGCUCUCCACCUCUCUCUCUUCUAUCCUCCCCUCUCUUCUUCUCUGCUUCUCUCCACCUCUCUCUCUUCUAUCCUCCCCUCUCUUCUUCUCUGCUUCUCUCCACCUCUCUCUCUUCUAUCCUCCCCUCUCUUCUUGUCUGCUUCUCUCGCUCUUGAUCUUUCUCAGUCUUUUUCUCUGUCUUUUUCUCACUGUCUCUCUCCCUCUCCCUGUCUGUCUCUUUCUCUUUCACCACUCAAAGAUAUGCCUUUCAUGAUCUCUGUAUGCCCCACAUUAACGUGUGUGUGUGUGUGUUUCCAGGCUGGUGUACCAGGAUGAGGAGAGCAAGCAGCUGACUCCGAUGGAGGAAGGAGAGGAUGGGGAGGAGAGGAGACCCUGGCACUCUCCCAGACGAGCCUUCCUCUGUCCCACAGCUCUGGGUAAGACCUGCCUGUCUAAGACCACACUACUACACUAGCCCUUAGACCUCCCUCCAACCCCACUAACCUCCAACUCCUCACCCAAACCAAACACCCCUAUCCCAUACCUAAUUCCUGGAGUUAGACCUGCCUGCCUAAAGCACUGGGUAAGAUUUGAAUACCAACACCAACAGCCCUUACACCUCCCUUCAACCCCCACUAACCUCCAACUCUUCACUCAAACGAAAUACUCCUUACUCAGAUACCCCUAACCCCUUCUCUACUUAACUCCCCACUCAACCCCCCUCCCACACCACCCGCUCCACCCACCACAGUCUGUUGACUUGAAAUGGGAAAGUCCAUUCUAGUAAUUGUUAUUCUAUGUGCAUGCAGCCUCUCUCUCGCUGGUUAAUUGUUAAUUGGUUAAUCCCUCUGGUUAAUUGUUAAUUGGUGAAUCUCUCUGGUUAAUUGUUAAUUGGUUAAUCCCUCUGGUUAGUUGUUAAUUGGUGAUUCCCUCUGGUUAAUUGGUAAUUGGUUAAUCCCUUCUGGUUAAUUGUUAAUUGGGUAAUCUCUCUGGUUAAUUUAUAUUCUAUGUGCAUGCAGUCUCUCACUCCUUCCCUCCCCUUGGUUCAGGUCGACGGUCGUCCUUCCAUCUGGAGUGUCUGAGGAGACAGACGAGAGCAGACGUCUCCCAGAAGACGGCACUACCGCUACACCUGGUACACCAUCAGGUGAGUAGGGAUGGUUUUACACACCUGGUCAUCCUACACCUAGAUCAGUUUUACACACCUGGUCAUUCUACACCUAGAUCCGUUUUCACACCUGGUAAUUCUACACCUAGAUCAGUUUUACACACCUGGUCAUUCUACACCUAGAUCAGUUUUACACACCUGGUCAUUCUACACCUAGAUCAGUUUUACACACCUGGUCAUUCUACACCUAGAUCAGUUUUACACACCUGAUUAUUUUACAACUAGAUCAGUUUUACACACCUGAUCAUUCUACACCUGGAUCAGUUUUACACACCUGAUCAUUCUACACCUGGAUCAGUUUUACACACCUGGUCAUUCUACACCUGGAUCAGUUUUACACACCUGGUCAUUCUACACCUGGAUCAGUUUUACACACCUGGUCAUUCUACACCUAGAUCCGUUUUCACACCUGGUAAUUCUACACCUAGAUCAGUUUUACACACCUGGUCAUUCUACACCUAGAUCAGUUUUACACACCUGGUCAUUCUACACCUGGAUCAGUUUUACACACCUGGUCAUUCUACACCUAGAUCAGUUUUACACACCUGGUCAUUCUACAACUAGAUCAGUUUUACACCUGAUCAUUUUACACCUGGAUCAGUUUUACACACCUGAUCAUUCUACACCUGGAUCAGUUUUACACACCUGGUCAUUCUACACCUAGAUCAGUUUUACACACCUGGUCAUUCUACAACUAGAUCAGUUUUACACCUGAUCAUUUUACACCUAGAUCAGUUUUACACACCUGAUCAUUUUACACCUAGACCAGUUUUACACACCUGAUCAUUUUACACCUAGAUCAGUUUUACACAUAUGCACCCACUAUACAGUAUAUCAUGAUUUGAUGUGCCUAAUUAUCUCUCCUCUUUAUUCAUAUAUACACACACACACACCCUUCCCCACACACACAUAAACACUAAUGUAUCAUACACACACACACGCACACAAUCACGUUUAUUUUUCAUAUACGCAUUUAUAAACAUAAAUCCUUCCCACACCACACACUUCCCACCCUCCCAGGCCCUAGCAGUAGCAGGCCUGAGCCCCCUGCUUCGACGGAGCCACUCCCCGACCCUCUUCACGCAGCUCUGCUCUACGCCUCCUACCAGUCCCACAGGCCGGGGUCGCCAUAGCCACGCCUCCUACCAGCGUGUGCCCUCCCUCCGCCUCCAGGGCACGGGCCCUGGCACCGGCUCCUACGAGCUCAACUCCAGCCUGCCCUCGGUCAACUGUGAGCCGUGGUACAGCGACAGCAAUGGGAACAGUCCCGGUAUCAGCCCUGGGGUGGGUGCGGCUAGCCAGCGGCGGCCGCGGCCCGUCUCCCUCACUGUGCCUAGCAUGGUGCACAAGGACGCUACGUCGUCGUCCCACGGUAGCGCCGGCAGCCUGGUGGAAGCAGUGAGUGAAUGUUGAAUGUUUCAUCUCUCCUCUCCAUUUAUCUCUCUCUCUCUCUGAACAUUAUAUAUUCUCUGGGCGGAGGAUCUGGGCUGAAAACCACCAAAUUAGUAGAACUUCAAACCCACACACAGCAUCUCCCUCUACAUCUCCUCUAGAUCUUCAGCUCAAACUCAAUCUCCUUAUUUAACUCUCUCUCUCUCUCUAUUCAGGUGUUGAUAUCAGAGGGCCUGGGCCAUUUCGCUCAGGACCCGUCCUUCAUCGAGGUGACCAAGCAGGAGCUGGCGGACGCGUGCGACAUGACCAUCGAGGAGAUGGAGAACGCAGCCGACAACAUCCUCAACGGCAACAGCCAGCCCAGUCCCAACGGCAACCUUUUACCCUACAUGCACUGCAACAGGGACCACGCCGCUUCCCAGGAGCCAGGCCUCAGCCUCAGCGAGGGGCCUGGGGCCGUUCUGGGGGCCACAGCCCCUGGGGAGAUGGAGGAGCUACUAGGGGCCACUCACCUAGGGCAGCACGGGGAUCCGGAGGAUGAGGAGGGGUUGGAGGUGGUGGGAGAGGAGGAAGAGCACACUGGGGAUGUGGAAGUGGUGGUGGAGGUGGGGCAGAGGAACAGCGACCUGUUGGAGGACGAGGACAUGGAGUGUGUGACCAGUUUGUAG